UGUCAUACAAGCAUUUUCUAAAACACUGUCUCCCACAACCAAAUCAAAUACACUAAUUUAUUACUACUAUUUUUUUCUCAUUGAACUCUAAUAAAGUCGUCGCUUUAGCUGAAAUUUCUGAGUUCCAACCAUGUCUUCUUCCCCUAAACUCCGCCAUGAAAAUGGCCCAACAACCACCUCAAAACCCGAAUCUAAACCCAUAACCGGAACCGAAAUUGAGGCAGAGUUCUCACACCACGACCUCACUGUAGCCCGAAUCAACAAUGGCAGCUUCGGAUCAUGCCCGUUAUCAAUAAUCUCUGCCCAACAACAAUGGCAACUCCAAUUCCUUAAACAACCCGAUUACUUCUACUUCAACACCUUGAAACCCUCCAUGCUUAAAUCUCGUACCUUAAUCCAAUCCUUAGUCAACGCCGAAGAUGUUGACGAAAUCUCCAUCGUCGAUAACGCCACUACAGCCGCCGCAAUCGUCCUCCAACACGUCACUUGGUCUUUCUUUACUUCCAAUUUUCAACCCGGUGAUGCCGCCGUUAUGCUCCAUUACGCUUAUGGUUCAGUUAAAAAAUCCGUUCAGGCGUAUGUUGCACGCGCCGGUGGCAAGGUAAUUGAGGUCCAGUUACCUUUUCCGUUAUUGUCGAAUGAAGAAAUUAUUACUGAAUUUGAUAAAGCUCUUAAAAUGGGGAAAAUUAAUGGAGGGAAAAUUAGGUUAGCUGUAAUUGAUCAUAUUACUUCUAUGCCUAGUGUUGUUAUACCUGUUAAGGAACUUGUUAAGAUGUGUAGAGAUGAAGGCGUUGAUAUUAUUUUUGUUGAUGGUGCUCAUGCUAUUGGAAAUGUUGAAGUUGAUGUAGGUGAUAUUGGAGCUGAUUUUUAUACUAGUAAUUUGCAUAAAUGGUUUUUCUCUCCGCCUUCCGCAGCGUUUUUGUAUUGUAAGAAAUCGGAUAAGGUAUUGGAUUUGCAUCAUCCUGUGGUAUCGAAUGAGUAUGGGAACGGGUUGCCAAUCGAGAGUGCUUGGAUAGGGACGAGGGAUUAUAGUGCACAAUUGGUUAUUCCGGAGGUAAUGGAGUUUGUGAACAGGUUUGAAGGCGGAAUUGAGGGGAUAAGGAGAAGGAAUCAUGAUAAGGUUGUUGAAAUGGCGGAGAUGUUGGUGAAGGCGUGGGGGACAAAAUUGGGGACGCCACCAGAAAUGUGUUCGAGUAUGGCCAUGGUGGGAAUGCCUGCCUGUUUAGAGAUUUCUAGUGAUUCGGAUGCUUUAAAGUUGAGGACUCAUUUGAGGGUUUCGUUCAAGGUUGAGGUUCCGAUAUAUUACAGGGCGCCAUUGGAAGGGGAGGUAAAUUCGAUAACAGGUUAUGCUAGGAUCUCCCAUCAAGUUUACAACACAAUCGAGGAUUAUUAUAGGUUUCGAGAUGCCAUUAUCAAGCUUGUGAACGAUGGUUUCACUUGUGCAGUUCUCUCGAAUUGACUAGAUCUUGAAGGGGGACCUUGGAGCAACGGUAAAGUUGUCUUCGUAUGAGUUAUAUGUCACGGGUCCAAGCCGUGGAAUCAACCACUAAUGGUUGCAUCAGGGUAGGCUGCCUACAUCAUAUGCCUUAGGGUGCGGUCCUUUGCUGGACACUGUGUGAACGCGAGAUGCUUUGUGCACCGGGCUGCCCUAUCCUUGUGUCUUUCGCAUUUGGCACAAUGAAAAUUAACUUCUUUCAAACUGGGAGCUAAAUUUUGCUCAGACAUUGAAUUUUGGAUUAUUCCAGAAAAUUUGAGAUGCUUGUCAAGUACAAUGGAUGAACAAUAAGGUUAGUUCUCAGCUUAAGGAAGUGUUGGUCUGCAGUAAAGUAGGGUAUCAGAUUCAUUUGCUGUAUAUAUAUUUUAUGUGAACCAAAUUUUAGUGGAAGCCAUUUGCAGAAUGUAAUAAGUUUGGUGAAAUAAGUAGGAGGAUUAUAACAUUAAAGGCAUUUUGCUACGUUUUAACUCAAUUUACAGCUGCAUUUUGUGUAUA